AUGUGGGACACCCUGGAAGCGCUGAAGAAUCUCGAGCUGAUCAGCGAGAAGGCGCACUUGGAGGACAUGCUGGUGGAGUUUGACAAGCAGUGGACUGCCCUUUCGCAGAGCACCUCCCAGUUCCUUCAGGAGGCAGAGGAGCACCACGAGGCGGUGCAGCUCUCAGCGACGGGCAUCCGGUCCUACACCAAGUGCAACGGGGGGGACUACAGCGGUUUGUUGGAGGAGUAUAAGCAGCUGCAGCGGAAGCGCAAGCUUUUGGAGUCCUCGUUGCAGAGUUCCUACAGCGACAUGGAACAGCACCUCACGCUGCUGGCCAACAUCCUGGUGGACGGCGGGCUCCUGGACUCCCACCUCGCCCUCUCCGCGCGCCUGGCGCCGCAGGCGGCAGAGAGGAUCGCGCAGAAGGCGCAGCACGAGGCGAAGGGCUUCUUCAAGCGCGAGACCAUGGACCUGCUGCAGGAGGAGUUGUGGGCGCAGCUCAAGGACGGCAUGCCGAAGCAGCUGCUGCUGCAGACCAAGGGCGCCUUCCGACUCGCGGAGCACCUGGCCGCGCGGCAUCUGAGCGCGGGACUGCAGCCCUCAGAGGAGCAGACGACCCAGAUGCGCAGCGCUUGGCGUAUGGUGCAGCGACGCUUUGCGGCCAUGCAGCGGCUGGUGCGCAAGCCAGAAUUCCUGAAGAAGCUGGCGGCUCUGAGCCUCGAGCCCUUGCUGCCCAAAGCCCCGGAGACCUGCGGCGACGGCCACUUGUGGGCCAACGUCACGGCAGGCGGCGAAAACCCGCGGCUGCUGGUGUUGCCCAAGCUUUCGGCGCUGCAGCUGCUGCAGGCGGCGGAUCAGAAGGAGACCCUGGAGCUGGGCAAGCCAGGUCUCAUCCUGUGCGAGCACAAGGCGGGCCAGUGGCGCACGGCUCCCCCGGUGGUGGAGUCGGUGGUGCUGUGUGGGGAGGGCGGCGCCUGCGACUUUCCGCUGGCGAAGGUGAAGGCGCCGGAGACCGAG